GCAGCUAGCACAGAUGGUCCGAGCUCCUCUGAGGACGUCGUCUCUUUGCGUUUCACUCCCAAACCGAGACUCGAUCUCUCACGGCGACAUCGUGCCAACCACUGCAUGUAUUUAGACGAUGAAAUAAACUCAGUACACCCUCAGCAACAUCCGUCUUACAUAUUCUUCCCUGAUUCCCUCGAUCUGCUCCAGCAGACUCCGAUGCGUCUCGUAGGCAUGGUGGCCUCGAGAUCGCAACCACCGACAGCGAGCUAGGACCUGAGCAUCUGACAUCAACGCAUGGAACUAAGCCCAUGAUUAGUGUCAGACGGCAUUGAUGGCGUCGCGCAAUGUCUCUUCGGGGGUGCCGGGACAGGCCAGGCCGCCCAACUGGUCGUCGCACCUCCGGCAGUUCAGCAGAAACAGCCUGGAGCGCAUCCCGGAUAUGCCCCGGUCCCCGGAUACCGUCUCUAGUAACUCGACCAUCCGUGACCGGCCCUCUUCAUCCUCAAGGCGCUUACGUUUUGAGAGGAGAUGGACCGUCACCGUCAACGAGUCCUUUGCCCGCGAUGAAGUCUUGCUCAAUCUUGAUCUCAUAGGCGAUGAGGCAAAACCAGGCAGCCUCAUGGCUAUCGACGUCUUCCGGCCUGAUUCGGAGAAGCAAGCGCAAGGUUCUCAUCACCAUCACCACCACCACCAUCAUCACCAUCAUCACAAACAGCCCCCACCGGACCGCACGAAAGAGGCUGCAGAAAGUCAACAGCGUUACAUCUUUGUCGUCAAGGACAUGCCCAAGGAACUCAAAGCCCGCUACCCGAGUGUUGAAGUCUACGUCGCAAAGCAUAUUGCUGAUGUCUUCGGCAUGAGGAAGGGUUCGCAGGUUACCCUGACCCCAAUUGAUGAUCAUAACCCAGCCAUCGAGGCCUCUCAUGUCGAGCUUUGCUUCAGAGACCAGUACAUGUCCCGCUCCGACAUGUGGCAGUUGGCUGUUCGUGAGCUUUCAGAGAGGACUGUCUACAAAGGCCAAAUGGUUCUGUUCAUGGGCACUCUCAAGGCUCAGGUUACCGCUGUCUAUGUCGAGGGCCGCAAGGUACCAUCCGCAUUCUUCGGCCACAAUACAAAACCCAUCUUCCGAAGCGAGUCUGCCCGGUACGUGCUUUUUAUCCAGAUGGCGCGCGAAAUGUGGGACUUCGAUUCAGAUGGUUCUGGUGAGAUCAUGUUCAACAAGGUUGUAAACGGCUUUCUGCCCGCCUUGUUUAAGAAGUGGGCAUCACUUAAAGUCAGGCACCUUGUCAGUAUUGUUCUCUUUGCUCGGGUUGAGUAUGACACAGGCAUCUCCACCGAAUUGGGCAAUCCGGACGUUCAUAAUGACUACUACACCGGUGUCCAGUCGUCUGGCGAUCGUCGCCCCUAUAAGGACUUCUACCGCGUUGUUGUGAGCGACAUGGGUAGCGGCGAGUGGACCAAAAUCCUCUACCAGUUGAAGCGCGAGUUCAAUUACUUCCGAAGAGAUAUCAGCACCUUCCAUCAGAAGGCCAUGCACUCCUUUUCUUCUUCAGACGACCCAGCCGACCAGCAAGCAGCCUUGAACAGAAUAAAGGCCGAGGCGUCAAGGGCCAUUUAUGGCAAUUUUCUAGAGGCAAUCAACAUGGCAUCCUCGCUGUUUGCGCACGAUUACAUAGAUCGUGAUCUGAUGCGAACCGGCAUAUCUGUCAUCGUCAUAAGCCCUAGUCCAGGUAUCUUUGAAGUCGAGUACGACGCACUGCGCCGUACCACCGAAGCCUUGGUUGGAAAUGGGAUUGGUAUUGAUCUUAUAUGCAUACCCAAAGCUCCCCUCCACUCCGUGCCCUUGUUCCGGUACCGCAACCCCGAGUACUCGACAGAACCGACACAUCAUCACAAGGCAAAAACAGCCCCGAGUCUUUCCAGUACUCCCAAACAGACAGCGCCGAUGAUUGGGAGCUAUAAGAGCUUUAACAGCAUGGCGGGGUCAUACUCCCCAAGCAGAGGCACCGACAUCACUCUUCAUGGUGAUUAUGCUGGCUCUGGCUCGGCCCAAGACGAAUGGAAUUAUGCUUUGCCGCAAUGGCUACAUGUCUCGUACUGGACAGGCGAGUCCGAAGAAACCUUGUCAUACCAUGGCAUUGCUCUAUCGGUCUCUGAUGUUUCGCAAACACAGUCAGGGGACGACUUCUUAAUAAGAUGUCGCAUGUAUGACUUGCAAAUGCGCAGCGUCAUGGAAACCAACGAGAUCGAAACCAAGCCGUUGCACCUGGAUCCUUAUUUCCCUCAUAAGGCAUUGCAGGCAAGCAACGUACCGAAACCGUACAUUGAUCAAGAUGGCAACGUCUUCAUACAGAACUCCCGCAUCCCAGAAACACUCUUUGAUCAUGUGUACGGGUUUCAGAAAUUCGCCCCGGAUAAGCACGCAAAGUUGGGGGAAAAGUCACUUUGGAAGCAAUUGCAGGACUACGACGACUCGAGAGCGCGCCAGCCGUCAUUACGCCGCACAUUGGCGCUUCCGAGACAUGUACGGGAGUACGAUGAUUCCGUCAGGCGACACCAUGCUGAUGACGCGAGUCUUCUUGGGACAUCAUACACUGAGCGUAGGCCGUCUACGAGUGCCUCACAAAUGACAAUAACUGGGCAUGGAUUGGGUCAGCGCUUCAACGCCGACAAACCCGAAUUGCGUAACCGUAAGACGGUCGACUUCGACAAACUCAACUCCAAGCGUUCACCUACAAUCAUUCCAAAGGUUCCAAAGUUCAUGAAGCAGAUCAGCCUUGGCAGCUCCGGUUUUCGCAUUGCUGCACCAAAAGCUGCGACGGCAGAACUUAGCAUUGAAAGUGCGAAUGCUGAUAGAUCAUUGACAUCUUCAAGGGCUCUGAUGAGUGCGGGCACUGCUGCAACUCCAGCCAAAGCAGUAAUCAACCGGUCAAUGUCGCCCCAGAUGUUUACGAGUGGAACUCCCGCUUUCUCCCCUUGGGGCGCUACACCAGGCUCGUUCGCGCCCGGCCAUCAGUACUUCGAGGGCACUCCAAGCCGGCCGAUGCCAAUCAAGUCGCAACAGAUUCCAACUGACCCUGCAGCCAACAUGCUAUCAGGCUCAAUGCUCGCCUCAACACUACGGGCCGAUUACGUUCCUGACAAUCGUGAUCUCUUCUACUCAGAUGCAAUCAGAGCCGAGGAUGCGAAGAAGGUUUACAAUAACAAGCUUUUGGCCGGAGCGGUACCGGAAUUACCGUCAACUUUAUCGCCGACAACCGCGUUGUCACCUUGGCUGACGUUGGUCAACCCGUCGAACCCUGAUAGCAACAAGGUCGAUAUUGCCACGUUGUACAGUCGUUGGCAACAUGUCUUUCCUAGGCCAAACGAGACGCGGGUGAUGAAAUGGAAGUCUUUGUGCUCCCCCGCUGCCGUUCCACUUACCACAGAAUACUUCCCUACCAAGGCACAGUUCGAGUCAGAGUACCACCGUCAACCGUACAAUGUCUCGCAGAAUGCCGAUGAUGAGUUGGCCGAGGAACCCAAGUCACGCGACGAGAUGCUGCGUGAGAUGAUCAGUCUCAGAUUCUGCCAAGGAUUCCAAGUCGUUGUCGGCCCAGCUGUUGCUAAAGCCUUUGGCCAGAAGCAACUCAAGGUUACCGACAUAUUCUCCCGCGACCACACAGCGGAGGAUGGUACAAGCAUCUUUAUGUCGGUUGGCAACACGAUUCACCAACUCUCGUGCGUGAAUGGCACCGAAAUUGAAGUUAAUAUCUUUGUCCGGAAGCCGAUCGCCUCGCCGGAACUGUACGAUGACCGUUACUUGUACAAACCGGCGAUACGAACCCUACUUGAUUACAGUUACAAAACCCAUCCCUUUGACAUGGUGGCUCCUACGCCCGAUAGAAACUGGAAUUAUGUUGAUGCAUUCGUUGCAGGACAUAAUGACGAGUUGUCAGAACAUCUGAGGUUCUGGCGCGCUAGGUUCGUCCUGAUACCAAUGACUGCUAGACACUCGUUUUUCCCCAAGACGCAAUAUGGGGACAGUGAGGAAGAGAUCCGCAUCGAAGGUAUCCGGAAACUCGCCCAGAUGUGGCAGAAACACAGGUACGUCCCGGCGAGCGAACGGAGCUUUCAAGCAUCGCGCCGCAAAAAGGAUAUGAACCCCCUUGAUAUCGUCUACAAGACAGAAGACCCAUCUGUAGUCAUUGCGGCCGAGCUGGAAACCCUUCCGCUGUUUGAGGGCCUCGAAGGUGGGCACAGGAAGGGUCAGCUGGUCACAAGCAGAGAGAAAUUCUCAAAGAAGAAUUUCAGUCUCGUGGCAUUGGCAGAGGCUAUCCAGCAGCCCGUGGAGAAUGGAGGCAUUCGUAUGCAAAACCGGCGCUGGCAUUUGCGCCUUCAUUAUAACUGCUUCAUUGGGUCUGACAUGACCACCUGGCUCCUCGAGAACUUUGAAGACUUGGAAGACAGAGAGGAAGCCGAGGAGCUCGGUAACCGUCUGAUGGUCACUUCAGAUGACAAGUCAAAGGAUGACAGCAAAGAGGGAAGGAAGGAAGGCGGCGGCCUCUUCGUGCACGUUGAAAGGCGUCAUCCUUUUAGGGAUGGCCAGUAUUUCUACCAGAUCAGCAGCGACUAUGCAAAACCUAACCCGCCAGGCUGGUUCAACACAAGGCGGGUUCCAGUGUCUGUCCCAUCAACACCGCAUUCGGAAGUACGGGAUUCGCCAAGGUCCAAUGUGUCGAUGUCGAGGCCAACGUCUAUCCACGAGGACAGUUCUCCCACGUCUGGAACGGUGACCCCAACGGCAGCUAUGAUGGCCGGUGGCAAGAAGCCCAGGGUGGUUCUGAGCAAAGUCAUAAAAUACGACGUAGACCAUCGAAAGCGCUCUUACCGGCCCGAAGUGGUUGAUCUGCAUUACGAUAGACUUCACAACCCCGACAACUGUUACCACAUCAGAAUCGACUGGAUGAACGUAACCGCCAAGUUGAUCGAAGAUGCUAUCGAGGCAUGGGCUCGUGAGGCGGCCUUGUAUGGGCUCCGGCUUGUUGAGGUUCCUAUCGCUGAAGCUUGCGAUAUAACGGAGAUCAACCCGUUCCGCCGACCGUACGUGAUCAAGCUGGCUGUCCAACCACCGAAUCAACAGCCCAUCACCUACUUUGAUCCCAAUUCGUUUACUCCUCAAGCACAGCCGGGGCGGCAUUUCUAUCAGAGGGCUCUCCUAAGAAAGUUUGACUUUGUUCUCGACAUGGAGCCAGCGUCCAGCUUCCCCUACAACGUCGACGUGUCUUAUUCAUGGGGCAAGCCAGACUUCAAGUACACGCAGUUCAUUCACCGAUCUGGUACUCUCAUCGCCGAGAUCACAGACGAAGGCGACAUUCUCAUCUUAGCCAACCGUCUCUACAACAACCGCACCGCCGCCCAGCGCGAGAAGGAGAUGCAGCAGAAGGGAGGCGGAGGCGGAGCCGGGGGCGACAACCUCGGUCCCGGCCCCGGCCCCGGCCGCAUCUCAACACCAGGCCUCUACGGACCCAAUGCCCACCCAGACCAGCCGACCGCCGUUCCCUCCCCGCUCGUCAAACCAACAACAGCCUUCCUCUCCCCCGCCCUCCGGCCGCACCUGAUGGGGCCCAUGGCCAGCGGCCCCCCCUCAACCAACGGCUUCGGCAUCACAGGCCAAUCCCUCAACCGCUCAACCGUCACAGUCCCUGUAACCCCCAUGAGCCAAGACCCUGAGGUGGUCAAAGACGAGCUCGAAUCCUUCUGCCGCGACCGCUCCGCCCUCGAGGCCUUUUACCGCGAAAUCCUCGAGCGCGAAGCGCACCCGCCCGCACCCAACACCACCCCCGGCCUCGCGCCCGUGACGGUGCUGUCAACCACAGCAACGAAAGACUACUCAACCCUCGCCUCCACUCCUCGUCACCUCGGCACUGGCACCGCCACUGGUACGGGUCACACAGUCCCCGACACCAACAUCCCCACCCUCGGUCUUCCUCCGGGCGUGCUAGCCGCAACAGGCGGCACCGGCCUCAGCAACUUGAGUGAUUUGCAACUGGUGGGCAGCGGGACCGGGUUGGGAAUCAGUCCUGUGAGAGUGGGAAGUCCGAGCUUGUUGUCGGCUGCGUCGGCUCAUCCCCAUCCGAUGAUGUUGAGGAGAGCGAGCGUGCAGGAGGGGGUGAUGGGGAGUAGGAUUGGUUUGGGGAUUGGGGGAGGUGCGUCGGCUGCUGCUGCGGCUGCUCAGGCGGCGGCGGCGGCGGCGGCGGCGGGAGCUGCGGCUGGUGGUGGUGGUGGUAGUGGAACAAGUGGUGGAAACAGUGGUGGUGGUGCUGGGGGAGGUGCUAGUGAGGACUGAGGGAGAGUGUGAAGGAGGGAUAGGGCGGUAGGGGGAGAUAGGACAUGAUGAUGUUGGGAAGUGGAUGGGUCAAGAUGUUUCUUGUCCCAUGAUGUUUGAAAAGAUGUAAAAGUAUGGAUGGAGAUUGAAUGAAAAUGAUGACAGGCAGCGUAUCGGAACAUGAUAUGAAAAUACGAAGUUGAAGUAUUACCUACUUACUAUAACAGUGACU